AUGUCACAAUCUCUAAAACCUUAUUUAACAGCUGUUCGUCAUUCCCUCAAUUCCGCUUUGUGUUUACAAGAUUUCAGUUCACAAAUUGUCGAGCGUCACAAUUACCCAGAGAUUGAAAGUAAACGUACACAAGAAAUCUUACUUAAUCCAUUAUACAUCUCACGUAACGAGUUUGAACGUGUUUUGAUAGAACCCUCCAUUAAUUCGGUGAGAGUCUCUAUAAAAAUCAAACAGAGUGAUGAAAUUGAGGAGAUUUUAGUUGAUAAGUUCACCCGUUUCUUGACAAAGAGAGCAGAAAACUUCCUUAUUCUUAGACGUGUACCCGUCGAAGGCUAUGACAUCAGCUUUUUGUUGACUAAUUAUCACCAGGAAGUCAUGAUGAAAAACAAGUUGGUUGAUUUUAUAAUCGAAUUUAUGGAGGAUGUUGAUAAAGAAAUCAGCGAGAUGAAAUUGUUCUUAAAUGCAAGGGCAAGAUUUGUCGCUGAGGCUUACUUGAACAUGUUUGAUUAG